CUCUAAGUUAUCUCUCUCCCCACAGAUGUCUUUCUUCUUCUCUGACAAAGUGGUUCUUCUAUUUGACUUUUGGAAUGUCCACAGCCCUGCAGGGAUGGUGCUUUCGGUGCUGAUCAUCAUGCUGUUGGCCGUGAUGUACGAAGCCAUCAAAGUGGGCCGGGCCAAGCUGCUUCAGCACACGCUGCCAGCCAUGGCCCCCAGCCUCAGCCAGGAGACCUUAGAAGAGCCAGAGAGGGCGUCCAUGAACACAGGCGUGGAGCAGCUAGCCAGCACCUCCCAAAAGGUACUCCUGUGGCACAGCACCCAGACCCUGCUCCACAUCCUCCAAGUGGUCCUUGGUUACCUGGUGAUGCUGGCUGUGAUGUCUUACAAUGCGUGGAUUUUCUUGGGUGUGAUUGCGGGCUCAGCCAUCGGGUACUACGUAGCCUACCCACUGCUCAACGCAAGAUAGCCUCGGUCGACUCGAUGCCAUACAGAAAGUUGAAACAGGCCAGAUUCUGCUUCAGAAACUGAUCGGUGAGGCCCAGUGGCUGCUGGGGAGAAAGGGAAGUCCCCGCCGACGUAGGGUGUUCUUUCUUCCACCCACCAGGUCUUUGUUCCAACUUCCGUCUUCCAGGUACCAACAGCUUCUGACCUUUUAAAAUGGUACCUUUAUUCCUCCUUUUUACAGAGUGACUUAAAUAUAUAUAUUUUUAAAA